UCAGUUCAGAAUCAUCGGCUAUCAUCAGCAACUCAUUUCAACGGACAUUUGACGAAAUGAAGCAGCACUUCCUUACUACCAUCCUGCUCGCCGUGUGCCUGCUAACCGGCCCAACGCUUGCCCAGAUCGGGGUCGGAAUAGGAGGCAUCGGAGUCACAGUCCUCGGAUCAUCGUCAAUCAUUGGCGUUACCGUGGCCACAACGGUUGCUGCAGGUGCUACUACCACUACUGCAUUGCCGGUGACUGUUGCUCCAACGACGACCACUACCGCAGCACCAACCACUACCGUUGCACCAGCCACCACGGUUGCCGGAACGGGCAAUACCGUUGUCUUUAAUAUCAAUGGAAGUAUUGUAACUGUCGCUUCAUCCGAUCAAGCCACGAUCGCCGCUAUUAUCGCAGCUCUAUCUGCUACGACUACUACCGUGGCAGCAACUACCACUACUGCGGCCGCUACUACCACUACGGCUGCUGCAACCACAGUCGCCGCCACGACUGCUGCCGCCACGGCCGCCGCUACCACCACCACUGCAGCCGCUACUACUGCGGCCACCACGGCAGCAACUACGGCAGCCGCGACGACUACUACUGCCGCUGCAUCCACAACGACAGCCAGCACCUCCAUCUCGAUAACGAUUAACAUCAAUGGAACAACGACAGUCAUUACCUCAACCGAUCCCAACCUACUGUCGAUUCUCACUCAAAUUUUCAACAACCUAUCCACGACAACGACCACCACCGCGGCGGCUACCACAGCUGCAGGCGCAACCACCACUGUCGCAGGUGCCACUACCACCACCGCUGCUCCCUUCGUCGGAGGAGGUUGUGGAGGAUAUGGACACCAUGGACACGGCAGAAUUGGAAUCGGUUUUGGCGCACGUUUCGGUGGAGCCGGAGCCGGUCUUGUUCUCGGAGCCGGUCUUCGUGGACCCGGCAUUAUUCGUCCCAUCGUCGGUGCAGUCGCCAACACGGCGGGAAAUGUAAUCGGUUCGGCCGUUAAUGCUGCUGGCAAUAUUGCUGGAUCAGGACUGAAUCUCGCUUCCGGCAUCAUCGGUGGCGCGGCCAAUCUAGCUACUGGCGUCCUUGGUGGACUAGGUAGCGCUCUCGGUGGUAUCGGAGCUGGAAUGCAAGCAGCCGGCAGAGUUGGAUUACGCGCCGGUGUUGGCACCAACGCUCAGAUUGGCGUAAACAACAGAAUCGGUUCCCAAGUAGGAUUCUCCGGAGGUUUGAUGUCGCGAGGAGCGCUUAACGGUGGAGUUGGUAUUGGUGCUCGAUUCGGUGUUGGCUUCAACGGAUAAAUAUUAACUCAUCACUCCCCCGGCUCUUCGUCGCCCGCACACAUAACGUAAUAGAGAUUUUUACGUUAAAUGAUAACUACUACUACAAAUCAGCAAUAAAUGAAAGAAUCCAUGUCGAACCAAAAUGUGUUUUUUUAUACCCAA